CGACCGUCAUGAGCGUCCGUGCACUCAACGUUGUGAACCCCUAUUGCGAUCCCGUGGCGCGCAGGCGCAGCACGACCUUCUGGUUAAAGUAUCCAUUUUCUCACAUAUAUCUAUAGAACAACAUGGCAGACAUCGAGGAUACUCACUUUGAGACUGGAGACUCAGGUGCAUCUGUGACAUACCCUAUGCAAUGCUCAGCAUUGCGCAAAAAUGGCUUCGUGAUGUUAAAGUCUCGUCCGUGCAAGAUUGUAGAAAUGUCUACUUCUAAGACCGGAAAGCACGGGCACGCCAAGGUCCAUUUAGUAGGUAUCGAUAUAUUUACCUCCAAAAAAUACGAGGAUAUCUGCCCCUCCACACAUAAUAUGGAUGUGCCGUUUGUUAAGCGGGAAGAUUACCAGCUUACAGAUAUAUCUGACGACGGCUAUCUCUGCCUGAUGGCUGAUAAUGGAGAGUUGCGUGAAGAUCUCAAGAUACCUGAUGGUGAUUUGGGAACACAGCUACGCGCUGAUUACGAGUCUGGAAAAGAGUUACUCUGCACUGUACUCAAGGCAUGCGGUGAGGAGGUAGUAAUCGCCGUCAAAAAUAACACCUCCCUCGACAAAUAAUUGUGUUCAGCCCGACGACUACGACGACAAAAAGCCCACAUACAUUCAAGCAAAAACUACCCGCUUAGCCAAUCAAUCGACACCUUUAACAUUGGUCAACCAGAAUAAACAACAACAACCAAAAAAUCUAGAGAAAGAUGGUGAAGAGAGUGAAAGAGCGAAAGAGAGCGAACGAGUGUCUGAGAGAGAGAAAGAGAGAGAGAGAGAAAGGGAGAGGAAGAAAAGGGGAAAAAAAAGGAAAAUGGGCUAGCAGUUCCACGUAACAACAGCAACGCGCCAAUGUGAGAAGCGACUUUUAUCGAAGUAAUACCCGCUUACUUAAUUAUUAUUCAACAAUAUUUAAAUAAAAUCCGGAAAAAUGAAAAAAACUGAGUAGUAUACUCGGUUACGUACACUUAUACGCGUACACGUGUAGAAACAGACACGCGCGCGUGAACGUGCGCGCGUGCGCGCACAUGCAUACAAGUACACACACUUACACACACGCGUUGUUUGUUAUACAUGAAAGUGGUGACAACAUUUUCAGCAAAGAGUUGAUUGAAAAAUAAAAACUGAGAAAGCCUUGACACAUCCUGGAACUUUUUUUUUAAGGAUAGAGAGGGAGGGAGAGAGAGAGAGAGAGAUAGAGAAAAAGAAAUUAUUUACGACAGCUUUGUAACUUAUUACACUUAUGUAUGAAUGUGAGAGAGAGAAAGAGAGAAUGAGAAUGAGAGAAAGUGAGAAUAAGAAGGAGAGAGAACACUGUUGGAGACCAAUACGAAGAGGUCGUGAGAAAAAGGAGGAUCUCGGUGUCCUUAUUACGCGUGCGCGGAACAAUUUUUCACGAGAUGCUAGCAAUGCCCCCGAAAUGAAGCAGCUCACUUCAAGCAUCUUUCCUAAUGAUUGAUACAUAAACGAUUAGACAAGACUGGAGAGUAUCGCUACACGAAAUUUUUAUAGAACGCUAAAAGAUUUAUUUCUCUUUUUUUUUUUUUGUUGUAGAAAGGACUCGAGCUUUUGAGAUUUUUAGGUCUGAUCCGACUGAAUCGAAGUCGAAGUUUUAGUUUUAUCUCGUCCGAACAUCUAAGAAAGUCUUGAGGGUUGCUAAUUUCAGCUUCCGAGAUCAAUAAGCGUUUAUAGAUUCGAGACACUUGAAGCUUCAGAGUAAUUUAAAGAUGUGAGAGUAUUGUCUUAAAAAAUCCAACACUCCGAUCUUUAAAGCUCCGGAGAGUCUAAAUAAGAAAUUGCAAAGUAUCCUAAGACGUUCGAUAUAUACGUGAGAGAUGUUAGAGUUGGGACUGGAUUUCAGAGUUGUAAGAUUUAAGAAGUUUUUGAUUGUAAAAUCGAAACUCUAGGUAUGCAAUGACUUUGUUUACUUUUCUUUUAGUUCAGAACUGAAAGAUGUGAAGAGAUUACGAGAUGGAAGGAUACACAGAGUUUGCGUAUAAUUAUAAAAUUAUAUAUUAAUUAUAUAUAUCGAUUUAGAACGUUUAAAGUAAGAGCUCUAAGGGGAUUCUGCGAUACCGAGAGAUGAAAUGAGACUGUGGUAUCCAAGAGUGUGAUGAUUUAGACCUCUAAAUCCAAGAACGUCGAGAUCUUUAAGGGUCACACGAGAUAACAUUUCGCGCGCUUUGCGAUGCAGAUGCAGCGCGAUGCGUUAUCGCGUUGUCACGUUUACAGACUGUAAUUGGCUUGCGAAUGCUCAGACUUUAUCACUUUUGUUGUAACAUCUCGUUUUAAUAAACAUUUUUCAGAACAGGUUACACAAGCCGCCUUCAAUCAACAAGAUAACUUUUAAUUAGACAAUGUAAUGAUAGAACAGAUUAUAAUUAGUAAAAUAGCAAAGAGAGAGAGAGAGAAGAGAGGGUCGCGAAUGGAAGAUCUUCGUGUGAAUUUGCAAGUGUGCGUGAGGAAUAUUCCCUUACAUCCUUUCCAUCUCGUGUCACCGUUUGUAUAAAAAUGAGAGAAAUUAUCCCAAAAGUGCAGUCUGAAUGAUUAGGAAUAAUUAUAUGCAGAUAAUUAAUUACAAAAGUGUAAUCACAGUUAUCAUUGGAAGGUAUACGUGUUUCCCUCAUGGAACUCUGUCGCUGCAAAUUUGCUCGAUUCGGUGUCCUCGCGAUAUACGGCAUCCCGUUUCCCUACGAAACGUUUCAUCUUUUAUAUGCGACAGCACUCUAGAUUCCCUUAAAAGUUUGACGUUUUCUAUGUUGAAGUAUCCAGCUUGCAACUUGUUGCGAGAGAAUCUUUACGUCCUCGAAUCUCGGAGGACCGUCGCUUCGGAUGUGUUCUUCGCGAUUAAAUGCCUUUCAUGCCGCCUGACAAAGUUCCUUUACCUAACGAGUAACUACAGAGACCCCAAAUCGUGGGAUAUACGUACAUGCAGAUUCUGAGACGCGCAUGUGCUAAUUUUUUAUCCCAGCGGUUCCUCUGAAGCGUGCGUACGCCCGUCUCUUGCAGGACUCUACGUCCUUAAACCCCGUAGCAAAGCAAAGGGGACCCGAAGUAACGCGUCCUUCCUUGAUGACUUUGAUUUUUGCGAUAUUAAAUGCGAUAUCUCACCUAUUAUAAUCUAAAUAAACAAAAUAUCGACUAAUUAAUUAAUAUGAGAAAUAAAUCAGCGUCUG